ACGACUUGUUGCUCUCUCUCUCUGACGACAACAAACCGAGAUUUGCGGCGUCACUGAUGUUGGCAGCAUAAUUUCACAUCUCACCUGUGUUGUGGGAUAGCUGCCAACAAACCAGGACAAGGAAACAACCUAGAAAGAACAGUCAAACAAUGGCGGUAUGGGCAGAAAGAGCGAUAAGGACUGUGUUAUGGGCGGGACUGGCAGGGAUUGUGGCUUCUCUGUCCUUGGAAAGACCCCAUGUCCCCAAGGGAAACGGAGCAGGUAAAUUCUGGCAAAUUACGGACAUACACUGGGACCAACAGUACAGUGAAAGUGGAGAUCCAACCAAGAUGUGCCAUGAUGACUACUUAGUCUCAGAUUAUCAUAAUGGAGCGUAUGGAAAUUACUUAUGUGAUUCACCUUGGAAACUUGUCAAAAGUUCCUUACAGGCAAUGACGCGGAUCUAUCCAAUGCCCGAGUUUGUACUGUGGACUGGAGAUAAUGUGCCCCAUACAAACGAUCCAGAACCCGAUUUUUCUGUUAUAUUCCGUACCAUCAGCAACAUCACCAACGAGCUCCGGACAGCUUUUCCAGAGAGCAUACCAAUCCUCCCUGUACUAGGGAACCAUGAUGCUUUUCCAAAGGAUGACUAUCCAGUAGCAGGUGAGAGCUUCUACGGACAGUACUUAACCAGGGGAGGCUGGGCUGCAGUGUUACCACAGGAUGCACAGGAGGACUUCAAGAAAGGUGGCUACUAUGAAUAUAUAUUACCAUCAGGUGUAACUGUUUUGGUAGUGAAUACAAAUCUGUAUUAUGCAAAUAACCAAUUGGGCACAAAUGCAAGUGAUCCGUGUGGCCAGUUUGCAUGGUUGCAAGAGAAACUGGAAGGAGCACAGGACAGGUCUUCAAAGGUGAUCAUAGCUGCUCACGCUCCUCCGGGUUAUUUUGAGAGGUUUGCUGUGAUACCCUUCUUCAAUGCCACUUACAACUCUGCCUAUGCCAACCUUCUAAACAAGCAUGGUAAAGUGAUCAUGGCACAGAUCUAUGGGCAUGAACAUACUGACAGCUUCAGGAUAUUUGCUUCAGAAAGUGGUGAGCUCCAGAGUGUAGCAUUCCUUGCCCCAUCAGUAACACCUUGGUACCCUGCUCCAGUCCCUGGAGGUACAGCAAUCAACCCUUCCCUUCGUCUCUACACACAUGAUACUUCAGAUAUCCUGGACUACACCCAGUACCACUUCAAUUUGGGUGAUUUAGAUAUGCCAAUGGAAGAGAAUGGUAGUGCACUUGCCUCAAAGAUGCCAGAGUGGUCAGUUUUUUACCAGGCUAGGGCUUCUUAUGGGUUAGAGAAGCUCGAUGUAACAAAUAUGGCUAGCCUGUACAAAGAGCUUUCCAGCAAUGAUAGCCUGUUUCAACAGUAUUAUCUGAGAAAUUCUGCAGGCUACAACAAUGGUAUCUGUGACAUUGACUGCAAACGUAAUCACUUGUGUGCAAUAGGCUACAUAAAAGUUGAAGAUUUAAACAAGUGUAUGGGAUUCAAUGACACCACCACCAGCACUGACACAAUUCAAUCUACAACUCCACUUUACCCCGAGCCAGUCCAAAGUUUCAUCCUUGAAGAUGGAUCGCCAGUCAGUGCAGACAACUUUGACGAAAAUUCAGAUGGCACUUCACACCUGGUGAUCAUUAUGGUGGCCCUUGGGAUGACUCUCAUGGUUGUCCUUGCAGUUACUUUAGCAGCCAUGUUGGUGAUCAUAACACUACAGAGGAAGAGUGUCUUAAGGAGAGAAGGAUCUGUCCCAGUAUCUGAGCUCAGUUGGGGACUGCGGCAACAAGGGUACAAACCAUUUUAGAACUAUAUGGCAGAAUUUUAAAGAUGGAUUUAUACUUGUGAUAGAUAAUGUGAUAAGAUAAAUAACUAAAGAAGCAAGGAGUUUUCUGCAAUGAUACCCUGUUUCAACAAUAGUUUAGGUUGUGAAGUCAGUAGUGAUGUAGAUUCUUUUUUUCAGAUUUAUGUUUUUUCCAUAUCUUAGGUUCAUUCAGUUUAGUAUACUAUUUAUUGAAGGAAAGGUUGUAUAUUAUUUUCAUUUAAUUUUCAGAUUCAUUAUUUGGCAACCAAAAGUUCAGUUGGUCAAAUGGUACUGAAUUACAUCACACGGUUGUUAAAGACACAAAACAAGUCAUGUGCAUUCUUAUAAGAGGGCUAGACAUGAAAGAGAUCUUGAAUAAGGCUGCUUUUUAGCAUUUCUAUAUUCAAGUUCCUUCCUUAGCAAGGCUAUUCUCAUUAUUUAUUAUAAGCCAACAAAUUUAACAUUUUGAUGGCAUUUGGCAGGACUGCUGAAGUUAAAUUAUACACCAGUCUGUUGAUUUAUUUGAGUAUUGGGGUAAGAGAAGUCAAUGCAUUUUCAGAACUAAGUCACUCAUUAAUAGCAAUGAGGGUUUUUUUUUAUUAGGUUUACAGAAAUGAGUUACUCCCAAGAAAACUGCAUACUAACCAAAACAGUUCAGUCAGUAUUGUGAUAUAGAAAUGAUUUUGAGGCAUUGUUAUUUUUGUAGUUAUUGAUUAUAUGUUUCAUAUAAUUUGUAUAUUCCUUUUUGACUGGAUUUUUUCCUUGGGUUUGCUUAGUCUUGUUCUAGAAGAGGUUAAUGAGUAUCUAUUUACAGGAUCCAAGUUUGCAAGUUUCACACUGUAAUUUGUAACAGAGGUAAUAUUAAUUUUUGGACAAAUACCAGACUUCCUAGGGUGAUAAAGAUUUUUAGAUCUAAAGAUAAUUCACAAUAUUUUGAUGGAAACUCCAUGAUUUGUGUAAAAUGUUCUGGAAAGAUGAGGAAUAAGUUUAAUAGUGAAGUAGAAAUAUUGGUCACUAUAUCAUUCUCAGUAUAAAAGAAAACAUAUUCAGGUAUGUUAAAAAAUGGCGAAAUCAUUUUUUGGGAGUUUAUUCAAUGCUAUACAUUUUUAUCAUCAGUUAAGAAAAGUGAGAUGAAGAAGAAAAAAUAAAGGAAGCAAAGAUUAUAGAUUUAUAUAUUCACAGGAUGGGGAUUUUUUUUUUUCUUUUUUUAAUGAAUGAAUUCAGCUCACUUUGUUCUAAUAUCAGUGUCUAACAUGGAUAAUUUGUCCAUUUUCUUCAGACAUCUGUUGCUGUCCAAUUUGAAUGCAUACAAUGGAGAAUGACAGUUGCUGUGUUUCAUCCUUUAGGGGACUCUGCAAAACAUUGCAAUAGCAGCAAAGGAAAUACUUAUUAGAUUUUUAUCAAGGGAAUAGUAUUAUUUGAAUGUGUUAUCCUGUUAUUUUCCAGGAGGUGGAGGAGGAUAGCAUAAGUAUAAUCUAAUAACAAAAGAUUGUUAAAUUUGAUGUGAAGUUAUUCACAGUAAAACAUUAUUAUUAUCCAAUAACAAAAUGAGUGUAAUCAAUGUUCUGUACUAAGGGAAAAAGCAGUGGUGCUUAAAUGCUUUAUGUGAAAUUCCAUUAUCAAUUAAGAGUACACUUCUGAGUGUUCUCUGUUCACUGUGUUAGUCAGUAACAGAAUAUUUGUAAUCUCAAUGUAUAGGUGUUAUUCUCAUCACAGAAGACCAUUGUAACAUAAACCUAUAUUUAUGGUAUCACCACAGUUUUUAGGUGAAGGUGUUAAUGAUAUUGUAGUGAGUUGUAUUCUCACUGAAAAUUAUGAAAAACAAAAAAGGUUAUGCAUAUUAUUACAGCUACACUAGUGAUUCAUGGAUCAUUGGAGAGUAUUUUUCUGGGUGCUAGCUGAUUAAUGGUUUAUAUCCAUUUCAUUAAGGCAACAGUAAAUAAUGGUUUCAUGUGAUUUAUGAGUACAUUACAUGAAUACAGGUUUUAGAUCACCUCAAUCAAAGCACUAUAAAAGGAAAAAACUCCUUUGUCCCAGCACUAUUGAUGUUUAGAGUUUUAGUUGUAUUGAGCAGUGAUAUGCAAAACACUUUCAUGGGCUACUGUGCAAAUAGAACAAUUAUUCUUGGCUUCUUUCAGCUUACCGGUACAGCACCACUGACCUACCACCCUCCUUCAUAAAUGUUUCAGUGUAUGAUGCAUAGAUUUUUUCAAGGAUGUAUUUUAGCAGAACUGUUUAUUUCUUUAUUACCAUUUAUUUUCUAAUAUUAACUGUUCUUGCUUCACAUAGUAGUUUGUUUAUCUGUUUUUAUUUAUUUAUUUUAUUAAAGAAGACUAACUACAAAGUAAGGAAAGAGGCUUAAUUAGAUCAACAGAGAAAAGUCAGAGUAGAAUUUAAAAUAUAAUUUGUAAAUUUAGUUGAUUUUAUGAACAGUGUGCCAUUCUAAUUAAGAUUUUUAUGGGAUAUUAACUUGAAAAAUGCAAAUGCAGGGUUGUUAAGUCUUGAGGAGUUCACUAAGUGCGGGUUAAGUUUACUGACAUGGCUUUUUAUACAAUGGCUUUUGCAUUUAUCCACUUGAAUUUAUUAGCAAACUUAAUUUCAUAGUAUUGCCUAUUUUGUUGUGUACUAAAUUACUUGCUUGCUAGAUUCCAAUAUUAUAUCCAAUUUAUUAAUAUUAGUAUCCAAUGAGGAGUUCCACGUUUGUACUGGCUGCAGGAGGGAUCAAUUAUUUCUUUGCCAAGCCAACAUUAAAAGUCACUAGCAGCCUGCAAAAGAGAACUCUUCUUUUAAAGGACAGAAUAUACAGCAAAGGGUACAGACUAAUACAAUCAGGAUGAAGAUUCUACUGGGCAUGUCCAAUGCUGUUGACAGACAGGUUGGAAGGCUGAACUCCUCAUACAGUGGUAUGUGAUUUCCAAAUUUGUGGGGUUGUCUACUUUAUGGCACACUCAUUCUUGAUGAGUAUGAAAGGUAGAUGAAGACAGAGAGAAUUUUCAUAAAAACCAGUUAGUGAAGAGUUGUUAGUGAACUUAUUUUUUUUAGAAACCUAGAUUUUAUAUGAUUCUUUAUAAGAAGAAGUAAAUAGGUGGGGGGGAUAGUUUUUAUUUUUAUCACAGUAUUAUCAUUGCUCAGUUUUCCUCUUGCAGAAAAAAAUCGGAAAUUAUGUAUCCGUAGAAUAAUACAAAAGUAUUUUUUUACAUUUCCGUUCUCAAUUAUUUUAAAAGAAACACAGGAAAUUUAAAUUAAUCUGCAUUAUAUUGUACAUCCAUGUUGCAAAGAUAUAUGUAGUUCUCCUUAUGCAGAUGCAAAAGGGGUAUAUUAUGCAAUAUAUGUAUUUUUCCAGAAGUAAAAAGCAGAUCUGAA